UCUGUGAAGUAUUGAUCAGAACCAGAACUGAAGUCAUAGUUGUCAAAACAAGUGGUUGACCUGUUAACCGCUAUUAUCGUGUUUUGGAUUUAUUGGAAAGUAUGAUGUAAUAAGCUUCGUUGUGGGUAACUGUGUGCAGGGAAAGUAAUAUCCGAGCCGAUACGUACAAACGUGAUCACCGAAAAUGCGUCAUUCUGCACUAUUUUCAAGGCAGGGGAAGGAAGAGUGUGAUAAAGUAUUAACAACAGAUUUGAUCAAGGAAACCAGAAGAACUGGAGAGUUGGAUUUAUCGAAGCAUGCUUUGGCAUUUGUUCCAGAAAAAGUGUGGACUUUGGAGAACCUAGAUGACAUUGAAUGUAAAAAUUUAAAUGUUGACAUGGAGAAACAGGAUGAAGGAGAGAAGUGGUGGGAAUACUCACCUUUAACAACGCUGAAUCUGAGUAAUAAUUGCAUUGUGGGAAUUCCUCCUGAUAUAUCAAACUUGGAUGCCUUGACCAUAUUGAAACUUUCGUACAACAGUCUGCAGUCACUCCCCAAGGAAAUGGGCAUGCUGCGCAAUUUGAUGGAACUGUAUCUUGACAACAAUAAGCUGAAGACCGUACCUGAAGAGAUGUCAAAUUUGAAGAGUUUGCUGGUUUUAAAUUUAGGACGUAAUGAAUUUGAGAGCAUUCCAUUUGAUAUUGCAUGCUUAAAUAUGCUUCAAACUUUGGACGUCAGCUUCAACAGUCUGACAUUCCUUCCUCCUGGAAUUGGCUUUUUAACACAUCUAACAUCUUUGGAUCUAUCUCAUAAUCAACUCACCGAGAUUCCUCCAGACCUUGUCAAUCUUCUUGUGUUAAAACAAUUUUGGCUGAAUGACAAUAAGAUAACAGACCUUCCUCCAUUAGGAGAGCUCAGAAAAUUGUAUUUCCUGAAUUUGGCAAAGAACUCACUCACAAAAAUCCCAAAUUUUAUGGGAUGUGAAUGCUUGAAAGAACUGUUUAUGGGAAACAAUGCGAUAGAGGAAUUUUCUGUCACUGAUGUUGAGGGAUUAAUUGGGAUUAAAACGCUUGACAUGCAUAACAACUGCUUGAGUUCGCUACCUGAAAAUAUUCAUUUGAUGUGUCAGGUAGUAAGAUUUGAUUUUAGAGGAAACAGACUAGAAAAUUUGCCUGCUACACUGGCCCUGCUACCACAUUUGAGCAGCUUGCAUGUAGAUGGUAACCCUUUGUCAGAAGUACGUAGGGAUGUUGUAUUAUGUGGAACACCUUACUUACUGCAGUGGUUGCGUAAGAAGUUAGAUGAGGCAAAUCAUCCUGAAGGCAGGGCUGAGGAGGAUGAAGAAGUGGAGUUUCCCAACAGGUUUAACUUGAGAGUAACUCGUUGUCUGAAUCUGGCAAAGAAAAAUCUAACAGAUGUUCCCCCAUAUGUAUUUGAUGAAGCUGCUUUUGCAUCUGUAACAGUCGUUGAUUUGUCAGGAAACAGACUCACUGAAUUACCUGAAGGAAUGUCUAGAUUGAAUAAGAUUGCCACAGAAAUUAAUCUUGAAUGUAAUUCACUGGAGCGUCUGCCAGUCUCAAUAGGAGACUUUCCAUACUUGCAGUACCUUAAUCUGCAGUUUAAUAAACUAACAGAUCUCCCAGAAUCAAUUUCAGAGCUUGUUAUGCUUCGUGAACUUGUACUUGCUUGCAACAGGUUUCAAUAUAUACCACCUAUUAUUGCAACCUUACAAAGUUUGGAGAUUUUGGAUUUGAAAGGGAACACCUUGGCGGAUAUUGAUAUGGAAGUCCUCUCUCAACUAAGAAGACUUGCAGUACUUGAUUUAUCAAACAAUAACAUAUCAUCUGUUCCACCACAACUUGGGAACUUGAGGCAGUUAAGGACUGUGAAGUUGGAAGGAAAUUGCUUUCGCCACCCCCGUCAGUGCGUAUUAUUGCAGGGCACUGAAUCACUGCUAUCUUACCUUCGAGAUCGCAUUCCACAAGAGUAAUGCUCAAGCACUACUACAGUAUUUCUUUUUAUCAAACUAUUUAUUCUAUAAAGCACUAUAUGUUACAAAUUACUGUCAGUAUUAUAAACGGAUUUGCAGAAAUGUGUGUCACAUAUAAUGUUAAGGUUAUUUCUGUUGUCCAAGUGAAAUGUAAACAAUUCAGUAUCUGAAGAGCUAACUUGAUUUAAAAAGUGAAGCACAAGAUUAUUUUUUGAUAUGAGUUAAAAUGAUACAGUCAUGUAAAAGCAAGCUAUGUUAGUUAUAUUCUUUCACAGUGGAUUACAUGUCUUACAUUCUGCUACCUCCUCCUUUGACCUCACCCCUCCUGUUGCAGUCUGAGACACUUUAAAAUAUUAUCAUUAUUUUAUUUUUAUUUUAUUUACAUGCCAAAUUCCAUAUUACCAAAUUGAGGAGCAAAUCUCCAAGGUCAUGUAA